ACUGAUGUCAACAAGAGAACGAUAAUGCUGAGAGAAGGGAGUCUGGAACUAGCAGGUCCUUGGAGAAUCAUCUUCGUUGUAUUUGUCACCUACUCCAUGCUUCCUCUGUCUUUGAGAUGGUGUCUCUUGUGCGGAACAGUAUCAUCUGUGGCCCACAUCAUUAUCCUUGUAUUAGGUGCUCCCCGACGAGAAAAUGAUUUCAUCAAAAAGGUGCUGACCAAUGCUUUGCUGUACAUAUGCAUUAAUAUAGUAAGCAUGUACACUAAGUAUUUAACAGAUCGAGCCCAAAGAAAUGCGUUUCUGGAGACGAGAAGAGCGAUAGAGACGAGGCACAAAACUGCGAAAGAAAAUGACAAACAGGAGAGAUUGCUGCUAAGUGUCUUGCCUCGUUUCGUAGUUCUGGAGAUGAUUAAAGACAUGGCGUCAGACGAAGAUGAUGAAUUCCACAACAACCGCAAGAUUCUUUCUGCUCAACAGUUUCAUCGUAUCUAUAUUCAUUGCUAUAACCACGUUAGCAUCCUCUUUGCUGAUAUUCAAGGUUUCACAGCAUUGGCAUCCAGAUGUUCUGCACAGGAACUGGUACAAGUUCUCAAUGACCUUUUCGCUCGGUUUGAUAGACUUGCACAUGAACAGCACUGUCUCCGGAUAAAACUCCUCGGAGACUGCUACUACUGUGUAAGCGGUUUGCCUGAGCCCAGAGCGGAUCAUGCUCAUUGUUGCGUUGAAAUGGGUUUACAUAUGAUCCACGUCAUUAAAUUAGUGCGGGAGAAAACGAAAGUGGAUUUAAACAUGAGGAUAGGAGUUCAUUCAGGAAGUGUUCUCUGUGGUGUUUUAGGACUCUAUAAGUGGCAGUUUGAUGUUUGGUCCAACGAUGUUACCCUUGCAAAUCACAUGGAAUCUGGCGGAAUAGCUGGAAAAGUUCAUAUUUCCCGGGCCACACUCGAUUAUUUAGGUGACGCUUAUGAAGUGGAUCCUGGUCAUGGUGAAACUCGAGAUGCCUACUUACGCACGCACGGAGUUCAGACAUUUCUUAUAAGGAGAAACCAGCCUACCGUUUCGCCCUCCAAGUUCUGCCAAUCUUUUCGAGGACUGAAGAAGGCUAUGUGCCGACAAGACAGCCGCAGCGAUGAUGAUGUUGACUGGAACCCAGAAAUCCCUUUCGAAAACCUGGAAUGUAUUCGCGAUUCCACAGAUGAAGAAAUUACCCCUAUACCCGCUAAAGAAGAAGCAAAGGGUCGCAAGGCAUCCACUCAUCGGCCACUGACACCCACGGUCAGCGAGGAAGUUGACGAUUUAAUUGAACAAUCUAUAGAGAUUGAAUCCAAUAAGAAGAUGAGAAAAGAUCAUCUAUACUGGUUCAGCUUAACCUUCAAGUCUCCAGAUACUGAAACAAAGUUCCAUCAAAUACGAGACAGAGUAUUCCGGUCUAAUACCUCGUGUGCCUUCGUUGUUUGGUUAUUUGUAGCUUUGACGCAGAUCAUCAUGACUCCAAAGUCCCUUGUGACAGUGUCCGUGUUCCCAGCAGUGACUCUUUUUCUGGGAGGCACAUUAGCAGCAGUGUGUGCUUCGACGGCUUUAGCUCCUUCCGCAGGUUGGGCUCGAGUUUUAGGGUCAGCACUAGACAAUCGAAGACCUCUCCGCAACGCCAUUUUCUGUGCCAUCGUUGCUGCUAUUGUACUAGGAGCUACUGCCAACUUGUUCUCAUGUGAAAGACUGGUAGGGAAAGGAAACCAUAAUGAGACUUCUGGGGAGCCUGGUGAAGGGCAGUGCACUCAUCCUCAAUACUUUGUGCUGAGUUGGAUUCUGACAAUGGUGGCCUGCGUUUCUUUCUUAAAAGUUCAUUAUCUGCUGAAACUGGGUCUUUUGCUCCUCAUGUUAGCCAUUUACCUGCUUCUGAUGCUACUUUUUUUCUCGGAUUUAUUUGAUGGAACUUGUGCCAGCAAAACUUGCACGCCGCUAAAAUGCAGAGCUCUUAUCCUCCUUAUCAUAUUUUGCUACAUGGUCAGCUACCACUGCAGGCUGAUUGAGAUUACUUCCCGAUUGGAUUUCUUAUGGAAACUGCAAGCUCAGAAGGAACUGCAAGAAAUGAGAGAACUGAGGCAACAUAAUCAACAGCUUCUCAAGAACAUUCUUCCCGACCAUGUUGCAUCCUACUUCCUACUGCAAGACAGAAAUUACGAGGAGCUUUAUGCUCAGUCCUAUAGCUGCUGUGGCGUGCUGUUUGCUUCUAUUCCGAAUUUCGCCUCUUUCUAUUCUGAAGAUAUUAACAAUGGUGUGGAAUGCAUCCGUCUGCUCAAUGAGAUUAUCUUCGAUUUCGAUCAGCUCCUCGAUGAAGAACGUUUCCGCCCUCUGGAGAAAAUCAAGACUAUAAGCAGUACUUACAUGGCAGCUUCUGGCCUCAACCCCAGUAGAAAGGGUCCCGAUGAAUGGGGACAUCUGACGGCCUUAGUAGAUUUUGCCUUUGCAAUGAAGGAAGCCCUAGAUGAAUUGAAUAAACAUUCUUUCAACAAUUUCAAAUUAAGAAUAGGAAUAAGCCAUGGUCCACUGGUGGGAGGAGUAAUCGGUGCCAAGAAACCUGUGUAUGACAUAUGGGGAAAUACUGUCAAUGAAGCCAGCCGUAUGGAUUCUACCGGAACAUUUGACAAAAUUCAGGUACCUAAAGCGACCGCCCAAAUUCUUGAGGCCCAUGGCUAUUUAGUUCAGUACCGAGGCCUUGUUGCGGUAAAGGGCAAAGGUGAAAUGGAAACAUUUUACGUACUUGGAAGACGAAGAGCAGUGGGCAGGCAGAUGUCGGUAGGCCGCCACCCAAGUGUGCACAAAAGUCUUGCCGCCGUAGUCUACGGGUUGGUGCGAGCUCGGAAGAAAGGCCUUGGGUCCAGCCUCAGUGUUCCCAGUUCCCAGAGGCGUUUGGUGACGCCUUUGGCACCUCCUCGGCAUAAAUUGCACAGAAUUCUAUCGGAGACACCUCAUCCGGGCCGUCGCAAGAGCAGAAUCCGAGAGCGACGAAUGACCGACGCAGGUGGGAGUAGUCACUCGUACCCUGACAUGAGGAACGUUGUCGAUCUCGAUAUGAAAGGAGUAUCCUGACGUGUACGUAGCGAUAUUUUAAUUUCGAAACACCAAAAACCACGCGAAGUGACAUUUCUCUGUACGGAUUAUUUUGUAUAAACUUCUAGACUGUGUACUGAAGGCAACGGACAAGUAGUGCAAAACUACAGUAAUUACAGUCGAUUUCAGAUCAUGGCUAUAAGUUUCAAUUGCAAUACUUUUUUCUUUAUUUGAUAAUAAACAUUUCGUGUGUCAUUGUUAAAGCGAUUUGGAGCAUUUCCUUUAAAACUGUAUGUGUGGAAUUAAUUUUACAUUUUAUUUUUAAAGGAUUUUGCACAUAACUUGUUCAAAAUUUUGGUUUGCAAUAUAUUAUGUUUAACAAGAAAACGAAAACACUUAUGCUCAUCUUGCCAGUUUAUUACGAACAACAAAAAUAUUUGUUUUUCAUGUAUGUUCUAUGUGCAUUAAUGUUUUUUAUAAAAUCAAAAUAGAACAAUUAGCCCCUGCCGUAUUUCUUCUGUUAUAAGACACAUAGUUUUCCUUGUAUAAACAUCUUUAAAAAUGAUAUGCUUCUUAUAGUCGAUGGCGUUUAACAAUCACAGUGUUUUCCGCGGUUUGCAAAAGACAUACAACAUUUUUUUUUUCCUUAAUCGAAAUGAGAAAAGACUUUACCUUUAUAAUACUAUAAAGUUACUCUGAGUUUUUUUUUUUUUUUUUUUUCCUCCGGGGGGGGGAGGUACCUUCGGAAAUACGUAAGUUGAGUUCCUAGAUUUCGCUUGUUUUUGUUCCUUUUCGCACAUCAAAAUAUCAUCAAAAACAUCACACUGUGUGGCUUCGUUGAAACAAAAAGUUAUUUUAGAUGUAAAUGACUAUAGAAAUAAAGCUGAGGUUUGAUGUUUUGGUAUUAGUGAAGUAAUUCUUGAUGUAUGCUGUUCUUAAAUAUUUAUCCUGAAAAUUCAAAAUUCAAAAUUAAAACUUUGGUGACGUAGUUGUUAUUACCGAAGACAUUUUUAGUCAAUUGUAACUACUCAACCGUUUCAGUUAUAUACCAUUUAAAAUUUGUUGGCUGACGUUAUUCUUAUUACCAAAGGCAUACCUAGUCAUUGACGAUGAUCAUUUGCAAUUGACGUAGUUUUUAUUACCGAAGACGUGCCUAGUCCAAUUGUAACUACUCAACCGUUUCAGUCAUAUGCCGUUUAAAAUUUGUUGGAGAAGUAAUUUGAACCUUGAAUUUUUACUAUCAACUUUCGAUUGGCUUGUUGUGGAACUGGCUUGCAAAUUGAUAGAAUAAGAGCUGCGCUGACUGCUGAAUUUUUUUUUUUUUUUUUUUUUUUUUUUUUUAUCAAAAGGUGUUUAAAAAUUUGCAUAUUUUUAUUACAAAUCUACAUAAAUUUUAGGGUUAAAAUAUGUAACACAUAUUUGUAACAUAGAUUUCUUUAAUACGUAUUUCAUGCAUAAGAGCAGGCUUCCAUAAAAAUCAAUUUUAAGAGUAAUCAGACAAAGACAAAAAUUAUGAAAAUGAAUCUUGAUUUAAUUAUGAUUCUUCAUAGAAUGCAAAUGUAAAGUAUAUACAUAAUAAUGAAAGUAAGCAAUAUUUAUGCAAACUACGAUAGAAAUUACGUUUAGUGUGAUAAAUUUCAAAACAAAGGUGCAGGGAAGAUCUUAUUUCCCAUUCUUUCCACCAAAUUCGAUUUUCUUUCUGAAUUUUUUUAUCCUUUGCACUUUUUGGGGGGGUGGAGACAAAUAGCACACUGUAUGAGAAGCUCUUUUUCUAUGGGAUAAGGUCGUAUGUGGCUUUCAAAAUGACGAACUGCCAAUGUCAAAAGCUUCAGAAUAGAAUUGGAUCUUCCAGCUGUACCACAUAUUAUAAAAUUAAAAAUAAUCCAAAAUAGUUGCAUUUUUCGUCUUAUUCGCGGUUAUUCCUCUGUUUCCAAGAAAAGUAAAUGAGACACGAGCUGACAGAAUAUAUCCAUACCUGCCGAACACCACUGCCGAACAUUUUGUUUGAUUAUUGAAUCUUUCAGACUCAUCACUAUCUAAAGAUGAGUCCGAGAAAUAAUCAUCUGUUCGCUAUUGCUGUCUUAAAAAUAGUUACUCACUUUAAAUAUCAGAAAUAUGAUCAGGAACAUACAUUCUAUCACUUGCUGAACAAUUCCUGAAAGCCGUAAUCUAAAUAAAAACAGAAACGAUAACAGCGCCAGCGCAUGCAAAAUCAGUUAGUGGUUGUUAGUGAUCAGUCAGUGAUUACGAAACUUCAGAUGACGAUAAUGCUACCUAUUUACUCAAACAUGACUCCAUAGUGUAAAUAUGGUAAAAAAUGCAUAAUCGACGAUUAAAACGGGAAAACGCAAUAUGAGGGGGAAAGUGCAUGCCUGCAGUAAUCGCAUUAUGAGCAAAUUGCUGCCCGUGGAAUUCGCGGGAUAAGCAGUCAAAGGAUUAAUAGCGUGGAAGGUUAAUUCCAAAAACAACAGUGCACUAUUUAUUUAAAAACUAUUCUAUUAUAAGCAUUUCACAUGGCUCAGAAUACGAUAACGAUAUAUUGCAAGAAUGAAAAUCGGAUAUUGAUUCAGGAAGAAAUACUAUAUAAUGUACCUGUGAUUAAUGUGUAUUAUUGCUAAUUUUGUAAUUAUAAAAUUAUUUGUUACAUACAUUUUAGAAUUUUAUUUAAUAUAUUAGACUUUCGCAGAAUAGUAUUUUCCUUUGGUGGAAUAGACAUUAAAAAGUAUGUGGUUUAUGGUGGCUUAUAAUAGAAGAACUGUUCCAUCAACUUCGCUAAGGUCAUCUUGUUCGUUUAUUUGAUUUACGCUAAGGAUAUUUUGUUUAUUUCAAAUAAUCCCAGAGAGUAUAGUUUUAAAUAAAACUUUUGGAUUUAUAUUUCUUCUGAAACAAAAUUGCUGUGUGAUGCUUUUAUAUGAAAACUUAUAUAAAAUUUUAUUGUUUGAAAAUGAACUUGGAAAGGCGUACUUACUUAAGCGAAAAUUAUGUGCAUCAUAUCAUUAUCUUUCGUGUCCGAUUUAUGUUUUAUUAACAUAACUUCUGCUUGAAAGGCAGAAAAUUGUAAAUUUAAGGGCAAAAAUACUGCUUGUUAUAUUACGUUUCUCAUUUACGAGACAAUCAAAGAUUUAAACAAAUCCCUCUUCAAAACACCUAAGAUUCUAAAUAGACCACACAAAUGCAUUUAAUGAAUUAAGAAAAAGCCUUUAAUAGUAAUAUUCCUUUUAUUUUCAAUAGCAAAAAUAAAUGUAUGAAAAUGUUUAUGUAAAAUAGUGUAACAAAAAGAAUGCGUUAAGAUUUCUAUUUAAAAUACGUCUUCUUCAGAUUUGAAAUGAUCAUAACUGGUAACGAAAAUAUGUAUACAAAAUUGGCAAUUUAAAAGAAAAGAACUUUUUUACGCAAGAACAAAAAAGUCGCUAUUAAAAUUAAAAUAUCACGAACUGAUUAUUUUUUUGGUGAUAGAUCAUAAAAGAUCAUUUAUACAGGGUAAAAAAUAAAAAGGCUUGGUAUUUUAAUUUUUUUUAAUGUAAUCUACGAUAAUGCGGUUUUUAAAAUUAUUCUCACCAAUAUUUUCUAUUUACUUUUUGCGUACGUAUUGGCUUAAAAAUCAAAUAAAGAUAACUUUUAACUUUAGUGCAAGCAAAUCCAUCCACAUUCAUGCUCAACUUAGUUCAUUAUACUUUUAUUGUAUCUCAAAGAAAUUAUAUUGAACAAUUUAUCAGCCAAUAACAAAUCUAUUAAAUAAUUUUCGUCCAUAUUUUCGUUAACAUAUUAAACUUUUGAAUUAAAGAAUAUGCUCCUUUAAUGUCUCGGUUUUUAAGAUUUUCAUCAAAAGCGUAAAUACGUGAUGAAAAGUGAUCUGCUGUAGCAAUCUUAUGUAAGAAAUUAAUGUUACCUGUCUUGCCCACUCCAACACCCUUCUCUUCGCUAUAGUAAUCAUUAAAGUAAGUUUCUUUGCUGAACAUCGCUUAAUUACCGCAAAGAAACAAAAAAAUUUUAUAAUAAUAACGGUUUGUAUGUUGCUAACGAAAACAAACAAAAGAAGCAGCUGUAAUAAAGGAAUUACUAUGAAAUGCAACUAGCAUCUAUCAAAUGGAUCAAAAACUAUACUUAACAAAGGUUUACAACUCAGAUGGUUAAUUGUCAGCAUGUGUUAACUGAUGGCAGCCGAGAACUGUGGUCGUGGUUAACUGGCAGAACGGUGGUUUUCGGCCGUGUAACGCCUGCGGAUUGUUCUUCGAGAUCUUUCUGAUAUUUGUCUGUGAAUGCAAGUCUUAUUGAAAACAUGAUUGAACAGGGAUAUUCUCUAGCCUGUUGUUUCGCAUGAGUGUUAAAAGUAAGCUAAUACUAAUUCAGGUAGUUUGAAAUAAAUAUAAUUAUUGUCUUGAAGUAGUGCCUAUUCUCAGAUUAAUUCUUAAAUACUGGCUAAAAUAAACACCUUGCAGUGUGCGGAUGGCACUACGCACAUCUUUAAUUGGCCUUUGUAUGUACAGAGUCUGUCUUCACUGAUUUAUAAUGUAGAGAGGAUUGGUGUAAUUGACCUGUUACUGUAUUAUAGGAAAAUGCCUUUAGGCCAUAGAGUCAAAAUCAUAUUUACUCUUUUCAUUUUCUUCAUCCUAGAAUUUUGUGUUCUGAAGCUAAUCAUUUUUGUGUAAUAUUUGUUUCAUGUUAGAUAAAUUUGUAUUCUAAAUCAGAUAGAACCGAGAUCUCUGGGGAACAUUGGUUUAUUAGUACUUAUGGCUGUGAUUGAAUCAUACAAUAAAGUUAAAGUAAACAAUGUAUUUACAAUAAUUUGUAGCUACCCAAACAGCUAAGUACAUGUUUAUGAUUUUACAUUAUAGGAAGUGAAAGUAUUAUUGGAGGAGGAAAAUAUUUUCUUUUAUAUUUUCAUUAAAUCUAAAUAUUUAAUUCUAAAUGUAAAAGCAAUAUUUUAUUUAGUAUGGCUUAAAACGAAAAGAAAAAUAUAUGCAAUGGUUUUAGGUGAAAUAUCUUAUUAUUUGCACGUCUUAACUCAAGUAAUCAAUUAUCUAAUUAAUGAACUAAGCAUAAUGAAUUAAAAACAAAACUGAUAUUAAUAUUUAUAACUAUCAUUUCUGGUUUUAAACUGCUUUGAAAAGAUAUAUAUCUUCCACACCUAUUACGAGCUUUUAAUCAAGUACAAUGUUAUACUCGGAGUACAAAUAUAUUCCUUAACAAACACUUUUACGUGUCAAAAUGCUGCAAUAUUGUGUUUAAAUUACAUAAUAUAGGCUGAGUAGCUACAAAUUCAUUUUAAAUUAAUAUCCAUUAUAAUAACCAAUUGUUCCGUUCCACAUUGUUACCUUCCAACAAAAUAUUUUAAACAAUAUUCUUCCAAAUCUUAGGUUUUAGAUGGAAGAUAUUUUUGUGUACUUCAUGUAAAGUGUAUUUUUAAAUGUCGUAUUCGUCGAUAUUUUUGAAAAAAAAAAUUGUCUCUGUAUGGUACAUAUUGAAAAUACUGUAUUUUUGUGCUGUGUCAUUGUACAGAAUAUUUCUUCAUUAAAAUGUAUGCCAAGUGUG